AACCAUACUUUCACAAUACCCACCGUCACUCCUCCCACACUCUGUCCUUUAGAAGUGAUCGCAAAACCUGCAUCCCUCCCGUGCAAAUCCUACGACCUUCAUUCAAGAAGGAGAUCGACUGCCUUGGACGAUUCGCAGUCGCUCGAGAUCAGCCCGUCGUUUCCGAACUUGCCGUAGUCUCAGCGUCCUUUAUGCCAAUGCAUCCACUGCUACCCUACCAGAAUCGACACUCUCCGAUGGCAAAGCCUUGAAAUGUGUUAAGAAGAGUCUGGAGGAAGAGCGAGGAGUUAUUCUGCACAAAUCUGCACAUAAUUCACAAAUAAUCUUUAAUCCAAGAGGCUGGUACUCUGCCUGCGCCAUCAACAUCACUUUGGGCCCAUCUCCGCUGGCCACCACGGUAUAUCCAGUCAAACCAGUCACCCAACCUCCUCCGACGCAGCCUACCUGCAAAGCUCUCAGUCAAGAAUCCUCCCGUGAGCCUGGUGCCAGCCUGCGGUACCAUGGCGUCGGUGCGCUCACAGACACUUUUCUCCUGGUUCACGGUGUGGUCAAUAUUGGUGACACUUCUCUCGCUCAGUACGCCAGCUGCAGCAGACAACGUCACCUGGAUAAAAUACACUGGCAAUGACGGGACAAUAUGGCUCAAGGACGACCGAAGGCCGGCCUUGUACACUCGGGAUUUUGGGGAUUGUCAGGGCGACUCCCUCAUCAAUGUUACUCGCUUCGACGCCGCAUACUACAAGGAUAAUAUGACCGUUUUGUUCCACUUGGAAGGUAGUUCCGCAUUGACAAAUGAGAGCCUGAUGAUGUACAUUGGUGUCUUUGCCUAUGGAGAGUCUCGUUUUAAUUUAACAUUCAACCCCUGCAGCGCCAACAUCGACAGUCUUUGCCCCCUCAACUCGUCAAUUCCGAUCUCAGCAAACGGUAUCAUCCCCAUAGCCCAGGCAGAUGUGGCCACUAUUCCGGCGAUCGCUGUUACAAUACCCGAUUUCGAGGGGCAAGCAAUCCUCCGAAUCUUUGCCAAUUCCACGCAGUCACAGAUCGCCUGUUUUUCGGCUGUGGUAACAAACGGAGCUACCUUUGCCCAUGCGUCGGCCGUCGGUCCGAUCUUGGGCGUCUUCGCUGUGAUUGCUGUGAUCUCAUCUGUUGCUGUGGCUAUUUACGGUCAGAACAUCCCAGAAACCCGAAAGCACUAUGCACAUUCCAUCUCAGUGUUCGUGGUCUUCUCUGUCUAUCAUCACAUUUUCUUUACCGGAGCAUUGUCGAUGAACUGGCCGAGUGUCCUGGUCGCGUUCUGGAGCAACUAUGCAUGGUCCGCUGGUAUGAUAUACAGCCAGAGAAUGCAGAACUCGAUCAACCAAUUCAUCGGCAGCAACACUGGAAACAUCAGCGUGGUUGGUGCUGCUCCCAACGGCGAAAACGCGAUUGGCCUGGGAGGAGGGUAUCAGAUUUCACAGAUCUACAAACGAGCCGCCUCACUCCCCUUCGAGCCUCACGAGGGUACAGGUGUGACAUUCAGACCUAACGAACUGGAGCAUGUGCUCAAGAGAAGAGCUUUGGCAAAUUCGACCGAUGGGUACUCGUGGUAUGGCACCCCUGUCAAGCCUGGCUUGCCUUUGCCGGGAAAUUUCUCUGGCUUUGCUGGGACACUAGCCGAGUUGGAUAUUCCAGCGUCCAAUGCUUUCUUGACGGGAUUGCUAUGGUUCCUCAUCUUGAUGGCUUGCCUACUUGGCACCAUGUUCGUGCUCAAAUGGGGAGUUGAGGCUCUGGCUGCAAUGCGCGUGGUCAAAACCAAUCGCCUGGGUUACUUCAGAAAACACUGGCUCCGGUUCGCCGGUGCUGCCGUCUUAAGGACCUGCUACAUUGCUUUCUUCAUGAUGAUGUUGUUGACCAUGUUCCAAUUCACUUUUGGCGGAUCCAGCGGUGUCAAGGCUAUUGCGGCGGUUGUCUUUGCGGUUUUACUUGUCGGAAUGUUAGCUAUUUGUGGCCUCGCGCUUUGGUACAGAACCAAACUGGAAGCAUUGCCUGAGGUCGCCGGGCAGGACUCACAAGGGGCAGUCGAUCAUGAAAAGAAGACACAUUCCGCCUGGUACAAGAUCAGCCGCAGCAGAACACAUCCCAACCAGAGCGCCGAAGGCGAAGCCAGGCCAUCGACUUGGCUGCAGCGCCACUUUCCAGUUCUCAAUUCUGGCCGAGUCCACGUACAUGACGAUCCUAACUACACUACCAAGUUUGGCUGGUUAUCCUCGCGAUUCCGCCGCAGCAAAUGGUGGUUCUUCUCAUUCUGGUCAAUCUACGAAUUCGUCAGGGCCGCUUUCUACGGUGGCGCCGCUGGACGUGCUCUUACUCAGGUAUUCGGCCUUUUGGCGUGGGAGAUUAUCGCAUUGGUGGCCAUUGUUCUGAUGAGGCCGUUUGAGAGCAAUCGUUUGAACCUGCUGAUGGUGUAUCUCCUCGGUUUCAGCAAAGUUGCCACGGUCGCUUUGUCUUCGGCAUUUGACACUCGGUUCGGCCUCGAUCGGAUCAUGACGACCGUGAUUGGUGUGAUUAUCAUCGUCAUUCAAGGCAUCCUCACCAUUUGUUUGAUGCUCGCCAUUAUUCUGGGCUCUAUUUCGAGUUAUAUGUCGAUCACUCGGUACCGUGAAACCAUCAAGCCUCGAUCCUGGUUGAAGCCUAGAACACGGUAUUUUGCACACGUUGACCGCAAGGCCACUGAUCGACCGAAGCCUCGGCCGCCUCCACCACCACCGGAGCCUGAAGCUCCUAAAGAGCCUUAUUUCUCGGUGUCAGCUGUGCGACGAGAGCCAAAAAUUGAAGAUGAGGGUCAAGAUAAGGAGAAUCUCGAUGGUCCUGGUUCUCACAGAGCUUCGAUGGAUCCAGUUCAUGGGGCUUACGGUCAAGGUCCAGCCUCUCGAACCCAGUCUAUGCGAUCUCGGACUAGUAUGUCGAACGUGCCUUAUGGUGCAAGGGUACAUCGCACGAGCUGGAGCAUGAGAGACUUCCAGGAUAUGGGCAUUGAACAGGGAUCCACACCUACGCAAUCCCGCAUGAGUGUCGACAGCAUGCAUGAUGUGGCCAAUCGACAUCGAGCGUCAAGUCUGAGAGGACCAUCACGAAGUGGCGCCGUUAAUGAAAGCUCUGACACAAUUCCCAGCGGACUGAAUGGGCAGCCUCUACUAAGUAGGCACAAACGAGUUGCUUCAAUGCCAGGCGGGCCAAAGCGAAACAGUUCCGUCGUGAACGAAGAAAAGGAGAACGGCCCAGUGGAAGAGGUCUGAACAGUCCAGCCCACAGCAAAAACGACGUACAUACACGACGAUUACUUUUAACGACAUCCAUGAGCAUAAUUCCUAGUUCUGGAGGCCUGCUGCCGGAAUACCUUGGGCGGCAGCAGCUACGACAUAUACGGUGAUCUGUUUUAGGAGCGAGCAUGCAUUGUUACGGCGCAUAUAUCUUCGGCAUGUCUUGCAUGCUCAACGAUGGCAGGGCUAGAUCGACUUUCAUCACGAAGAGAGCUCUCGCACUAUCUUUGUUGGCGAAUGCUUUCAUGGGAGUAGAACAAGUACAUAUGAGACAGCAUUCAAUUGUCAUAUGGAGACACGACACAUUGACCACACAAUCACCAUUCU